AUGAUGCUUUCUUAUUUGCACUUUAGUUCGUUCUUUACACAGACAGACUCUCUCAGUUCUCACGGAAAUGCCGCGACAAUUAAACGUUCUUUCUUUAAACUGCAUGUCAUAUGUUUCACGCGCAAAUGCACAGGCAGCACACUUUUUGAUGUAUUAUCGACUUCCUGGCGCUGCACUCUACUGAUCAUUUCGUGUGUGGAGAGAAUGGCCUUUGCACCGCUUCGUAAAACUCUUUCUCGAGUUAGAGAGGCGUUCAAUGAGGUUCUCACAGGGCCGAAAACCCAACGCUGCCCUUCGACACAGCCUCCCAACGCAGACAGCAACGCAGUGCUACAACCCUCAUGUCGUGUUCAUCUAAACUCGCGUCAACCUGGACCCGCAAACUCUCCACAGGCCUUAAAUUACCGACUCGUCUAUGUCCUUCGCUUUUUCUUCUUCACGCGCAAGGAUCCACCGCCAGUUCCACCCAGUCACUGGUGGUUUCUAGCCGGAACAGUGACCGUUAACAGCUUGAUGUUCUGGGCAUUCUACAUGUGGCAGCGCUGUAGGGAUGAAGGCCGCCCUUUUAAUCUCUUGGAGUGGGCAUCGUCCAUAACUGGCAGUAAGCAGGACCAGUGUGACGAUUGUAAAAAUGUCACAAAGGAAUUGGCAAAUGAUUACGGCGACAUUCAAGCUGACUUGGUAGAGAUGAGAGAGGAGAUCCUUGCGCUCAGAAAGGAGAAACUAAGUUAUCAAAAACAGAUAGCGAAGUUGGAGAAGAAGGCUAUCGCCCAGGAAAGAGAGCUGGAGGAACUGAAAUCGAGAAUGGAUACCGUCCAAAAAGUAACUAUUGAUGUGCAGAAACGAUACGAUCUUGUAUUCAGAAAUUUACUUGCGCUUUAUGAAGAGGCAAAAAACAAUAAGGAAAAGAUUCCGCUUGCACGGACCCGAAUAGUUCGCUUUGCACUCCAUAUUCUCAACAUUUCUUUUUUCCCGGCGCUUUUGUGAUUACUAGCAAUAACUCCUUUUUUGAAUUUAGAAAUGGCGAGUAGAUAUUUGUUUGCCUCUCAAAUCUCGAAUUAUCUGAUACUAGUCUUGGCGAUCACUCUGUAAUCGAAAUAUUCAAGUGAUUGAUUAGUUUUUAGCUUCUUUUAGAUUAUCACUUUGUAUGCUUGUAUAUAGCUUCUGUUUCGUUGACC